CCAGCUAUAGUCAAGGUAUUCAGGAUGGUUGGACAUGCGGUCAUGUGCUCCACACACCCCAGGCCCACUCAGGUCACAUGAAUGUCAUGUGACCUCCUCUCCCCAGCUCUCGUCCUCCCCUCCCUCGCUGGAGUCCUACCAGACCUACCUGGACCACGUCAAGAAGGCCAAGGAUGAUCCGAUGUUUAUCAACACACUCUACCAGAGAGCCGUGGCUGAUCAUUGUCUCGUCGUUGAUCUGUGGAAAGACUACCUCACAUAUCUGAACUCAUCGUUUGGUGAGACGUCGUCGGUUCUUCUUCCACCGCACCGUCAGGCAGUGAGGAACUGCCCCUGGGUGUGUGAGCUGUGGGUCAGCUGUGGUCUAGCCCUGGAGAGAGUGGGAGCUGACGAGACUGAAACUAUCGCUGUCUUUGAGAAAGGUCUGACAGGUGGUAACUUCACCUCACCUAGUGACAGUCUCACGCUAUGGACCGCCUACCUCGACUACCUCCGUAGGAGAGUUCGUCUCCACGACGACCAGGAAGUCAAGGGGGACCCUCCAGAGCUGAUUGGGUUGAGGAAGACGUUUAAAAGGGCUCGGGACACUCUGGAAACUGAGUUUGGUCGUUAUGGAGACCCGACCGAUUCCCUCUCGCUCUACCAAGCUCGUCUGGAGUCCCGUUGCUAUGACAACCUCGAGGAAUGUCGUUUCCUCUGGGAUGACAUCAUGAGUCGCCAUGGUCGCGAGGCAAAGUACUGGAUCCAAUAUGCCGACAUGGAACGCGACGACCCGGAGCUGGUGAUGGAGACACUGCUGCAGUUUGAGAGGGAGGAGGGAGAUCUAGCCAGCUACGAGGCCGCUCGCGAGAAAUGCACCGCUCAACUCAAGAGGCUCGAGAAGAGAAAGGAAAAGGCUGCAGAGAAAGAAGGUCAACAAAAGGAGAGUAAAAAACAGGCAAAGAAAGCAGCGAAGAAAUCUGCCGGUUCUGGGGCCGACGCCGGUGGGAAGGGGAAGUCGUUGCCACAGCAACAGAAACAUAAGAAGCCCGGUGGCGGUAAACGGAGCAGGGUUCAGAAAGGUCAAGUGUUUUUCGAAGAAGACGAUGAUGAAGAAAAUGAAGGCGAACUUCAACCCAAGAGGCAAAAAGUUGAUGUUCCCAAAACAGAUGCCACCAUGGAAACUGAACCACCACGGCAACCAGAAACUCCUCCCACUAGUGUUUCCAUGGCAGCAGAACCGAAAAGAAGUAUCCCUGAGCCGCCUGGGAUGCCUAAAAAGGAGGGAGAGAGGGAGGGAGAUGGGGAAGGGGUUGAGAAGGGAGGGGAGGAGAAACGAACCGUUUUUGUUAGCAACUUGAAGAUGUCUGUCACGAAAGAGGACUUGGAGGAGAAAUUUUCACCAUGCGGCACCAUUUCAGAAGUCCGGCUGAUAAAGUCGCAGUCACGCGGCCGUGCCAACGCUUUUGCCUACGUAGAGUUUGCCGCCACCGAGAGCGUCCAGAAGGCUCUCCAAUUAGAGCACACCGAGCUAAACGGGAGGAUUGUGUUCGUGUCGCAACACAGAGAGAAGGGAGGAGGCGGAAAGACUCAGCAGAAGCAGGCCGGCUUUCAGGGAAAUAACAAGGCUACUGUGUUUGUGUCAAAUCUUCAACACAACACAGAUGAACAGACACUGAAAGACCUGUUUGAGAAGUGUGGGGAGGUGAAAGAGGUGAGACUGGUGAGAAAUAGAGAUGGUCGACCAAAAGGAUUUGCUUACAUUGAAUUUACGAACGAGGCCACUGCAGGGUCGGCAGUUCUACAGCUAGACAAUCACCUGCUAGGCAUGAAGAGGUUAAAAGUUGCCAUCUCUAACCCUCCAAAGAAGAAGGGGGAUGGACCAGCUGCCCCAUCCGCGGAUAGGACGUCCCAUUCAAGACCGAUCAAAGAUGAUGGAGGUUUCGUUCGUCCAUCAUUCAUACCUGCACGGAUCAAAGCACAGGAACAGUCUGAGGUGCCUAGAAAGAGGGCAAAUAUAGGACUAGUUCCACGUGUGCUGGCAAAACAGAACAAGGAGAAGGGAGAGGAAGGGACUGAAGGAGUGAAAGAGGGAGAGAGCGGGAAAGAGGGAGAGGGAGGAGGAGGAGGAGGAACUGAUGCUAUGGAUGUUGGAAAAGCAGCACCGCAGAAAAUGUCUAAUGAUGACUUUCGUAAACUACUCGACAAGACCUAA